AUGCUCGUUCUCAACAUCAGCUCCUUCCCUGGGUUCUUCUUGCUGGGCUUCUCUCGACAGCCUAGACUGGAGAUUAUCCUGUUUGUAGUCACAGCGGUCUUCUACCUGCUGGCCCUGCUGGGCAAUGCGGCCAUCAUUGUCUUGGCCUGUGUGGACCCACGUCUCCACACCCCAAUGUACCUCUUUCUCACUCACUUGUCCUUAAUGGACCUCUGCUAUACUGCUAGUACGGUCCCCCAGCUGCUGUUCAACCUUUGGGGCCCAGAGAAGACCAUCAGCUAUGGUGGCUGUGUUGGGCAGCUCUACGUGUCUCUGGCCAUGGGGUCUACAGAAUGCAUCCUGCUGGCUGUCAUGGCCUUGGACCAUUUUGUGGCUGUGUGCAGGCCGCUGCACUAUGCCGUGCUUAUGCCUCCCCGGGUCUGCUGGCAGCUGGUGACCAGCACCUGGCUGACAGGCAUGGCCAUCUCCUUGGUGCAGACUGUGCUGGUCAUGCGGGUCCCAUUGUGUGGCAGGAACGUCAUCGAUCACAUCUUCUGUGAGGUGCCCGUGCUCCUCAAGCUCGCCUGUGUGGACACCACGACCCACCGGAUGCAGCUCUUCCUGGUCAGUGCCUUUCUCCUCCUGCUCCCCUUCACCCUCAUUCUCAUCUCCUACAGCUGCAUUGCCCAGGCCGUGUGCAAGAUCAGGUCUUCUGGAGGGCGUCAGAAGGCCCUGGGGACGUGCUUGUCCCACCUGGUGGUGGUGUUUCUCUUCUACGGCACUGCCAUGGCCACAUAUUUGCAGCCCACACCCACCACCUCCCAGGACCGCAGCAAGUUCAUGGCCUUACUCUAUGGAGUUGUCACUCCCACUCUAAAUCCUUUCAUCUACACCUUACGCAACAAAGACAUGAAUGGGGCACUGAGGAAGGUGAUGGGAAAAGAGUAA